CGGGAUCCGCGCGGGGCACGCCGGAAGUCGUAGUCAGCGCGGGGGACACCAGCAGUCGUCGUCCCCACAGGGAACGCCGGAAGUCGUAGUCUCCACAGGUCGGAAGUCGUACGCCGCGCGGGGCACGCCGGGAGCGCGAUGGCGGCGCUGGAGCUGCUGUCGGACGAGGGGUACCGCGCCGACGGGCGCCGCGCUACGGAGCUGCGGAAGGUGCGGGCCCGGAUGGGGGUGUUCGCGCAGGCGGACGGCUCGGCCUACAUCGAACAGGGCAACACCAAGGCGCUGGCCGUGGUGUACGGACCGCACGAGACCCGCGGUCCUCGCAGCAAGGCGCUGUCCGAGCGGGCGGUGCUGAACUGCCAGUACAGCAUGGCCACCUUCAGCACCGCAGAGCGGAAGCGGCGGCCGCACGGGGACCGGAAGUCGGCCGAGAUGGCGCUGCACCUCAAACAGACCUUCGAGGCCGCCGUGCUCACCGAGCUCUACCCGCGGUCACAGAUU